CUAAAGGAGUUGUGCUAUAGAUUGUUUAUAUUGUGUUAGUUAACAAAAUACUACAACAGUUGUAAUAUUAUUAUAAAUACAAAUCAUGGAAGAAAGUGAUAAACAAAAAAUUCAAAGCGACGACUUGAAGAAAUGUGGUGAAAUCACCACCCUGUUGUCAGUUGGCAAAAAGGAGUUUUUUCUCAAUUGUGGCCUUUGUGACUACACUUUCAUCAAAUUAGAAAAUUUCAUUAGCCACAUGUGUGAAGAUCAUAUAGUUUAUUUUACUGGCCCUAAAAUAGAAGAAAGCCAAUUGUCUUUAGAUUUUCAAGAGGAAAUGGAUGAUGGAGAUAUUCACACCCAGUCGCCAUAUUCGGUAGAGGAAAGCGAUGAUAGUAAUUCCAAUUUAAGAGACUUCGAAAGAGUUGAAAUAGAAUUGGAUGACAGCAAAAUGAGUGAAUCACUGGAUGUAAAAGAAGUGUUUGUGGAUAGAUUUAUGAGCGAAGAGAGUGAGGAGAGUUUAACUGAUAAUAAUGUGCCCAAUAACCGUGACGCUGAACUUUCCGAAAUAGUUGACAAUUCCGAUGACGACGUGGAAUUUACGACUUGUUUAAAGGCCCUAGGACUUGGAAAAAUGUUUGAUAAAAAUAUGAUACUUGCAAUAUUUGCAAACUAUGAGAAACGACCUGUACUGUGGGAUGCAGACCUUCAAUUACCAAGGUAUAAUAGGAAAAAGGAAAAAGAGAUAAAGAGUAUAGCAGAAGAAGUGGGAAUUCCAACUGAAUGGGAUACCAUCCGAAAAUUAAUUGGAAAAUUAAGUACCAGGCUUCGAACAGAAAUGGUGCGAAAAAAAAUCUACAAUUCAAAAGGGAAAACAUACUCUCCUGCUUGGUAUUCAGAUUUAAAUACUUUUUUAAAGCCGAGGAGACAAAAUGUGCGGGCAGAACCGAAACCGAAACCGAAAAAAUUCACAGCACCCGAAAGCAUUUUAAAUGAAGAACAAUGUGUGAUAUUAGCUGGAAUUUACAAGGCAUGUCCAAGCCUUUGGGAUGAAACAGAUAUAACUUAUAGGUUUAGUAAUAGAAGACGAGAAGCGUUAAAAAAUAUGUACGAUGAAUUUAUUAAAAAAACUGGGCUAAGUCUAACGCAAAGUGAUUUGGAUUUGGAAAUUUCGCGUCUUCGGAAAAUAUGCUCUUUUGAAAAGAGACAAAAGUUGAUGUGCAAACGACAAAAUUUGGUUUAUAAACCAAGAUGUCAAUAUUACGAACAUCUUGCAUACCUCGAAGUAGACGUUACCCCUUAUGAGUGUGCAAUAUGUGGAAAAUUACUUGCAGGCCCAAGCCAGUACAAAGUCCAUUUAGCAUCGCAUGAUGGUUCUCUACCAUUUAAGUGUCAUGUCUGUGGACAUGGUUUUAAGCUGACGACUAAUUUAACUGUACAUUUACGGCGACAUGUCCAAGACUACAUGUACAGCUGUAAGAUAUGCAACAAGACCUGCGCAACAACUACCGAUUUAAAGGCGCAUAUGCGUUACCACACCGGUGAAAAGCCCUAUGUUUGUGAGAUUUGUGGCAAAAAAUUUCGUUCGCUGUCAGAAUUUAGAGUGCAUAUGCAACGUCACGAGAAACGACCGCGACACAAGUGCGAAAUUUGCUCAAAAACAUUUUAUAGGAAAUCAUUGGUAACAGAACAUAUGAGUGUUCACAUAAAAAUAAGAGACAAGAUAUGCAAUAUAUGCAAUAAAGGAUUCACAAGCUCUAAACAUUUACGACAACACAAACAGAUUCACGCCGAUGAAAAGAGAUAUGAAUGUAAAAUUUGUGGUAAACGUUUUGCGCAAUAUGCUGGACUCAGUGGGCAUGUUAAGUCACAUGGCACAACAUUAAUUGAGAUAAGCUCCAAGAGUGUUGGAUUAGUUAAGGAAAAUAAUUAAUUGUACAUUAUUACUUUACUUACAUACAUAUACAAAUAAACAAAAUUUAAUUUAAUACUAA